AUGACACGUAAUUUAUUUAGGCUCGGAGCCCUAGAAGCAAACAAAACUGCUUUCUUUCUAUGUGAUAUGCAAGAAAAAUUUCGACCUCAGAUUAAAUACUUUGAUGAAAUUGUUAGAACAGCAAAUAAAAUGAUAAAAGGUGCAAAAUUCUUCAAAAUCCCAGUUUAUGUUUCAGAAUAUGAAACAAUAACCUAUGGUUCCACAGUUGUGGAUAUUGAUAUUAGUGAAGCGGCAUUUGUUUAUAACAAAGAAGAUCUUUCCAUGUACAACGAGACACUCAAAAAGUUAGUGAAGAAGGAUGUGCCGGGACUGAACUCAGUUGUUAUUUUUGGUAUUGCGGCCCAUGCAUGUGUAGAGCAAACCGCCAUCGACUUACUCAAUGAGGACAUUAAUGUUCAUGUGUUAGCUGAUGGUGUGUCGUCACGAUCUAUCUUGGACAGAUCUCUUGCUUUACGGCGACUUCAAUCAAUGGGCUGUAUUUUGGGCACAUCAGAAAAUGUUCUGCUCAAGUUAUUAGGGGGUACUAAACACCCCGCUUAUGAACAAAUAUCGAAAUUGAUUAAAAGUAAACCUACACCUGAUUGUAGGUGUGGAUAGGUUCAUGUUACUAUAUCAUUGUUAAAAUUUCCUUGUUUUAUACCUCUACCUACCACUGUAAACAUAAUUAUUCUUAAAUAAAUGUUAUUUAUAUUUAAUAUGUUGUUUCUAAACAAAAUAAAAAAUU